ACAGCAGAGUCAAAGACUGAGAACAUGAGCCGCAUCUGAGAGCAAGAGCAAGACUUUUACACUGUGUAUCCCAUCUUUUCCCUCAGAUAGGGACCAUGGCAACUGCAGGUUGGGUUUUCUUUCUGGCUGCACUGAUAUCUCUGGGAUUUACGGUCGCACACGGUAAGUGCUUAUCAGUUCUUAGAGGCUGUUAAAGACUGAGAAACAUUUCCUUUAGGAAUAAUUUCAAGAACCAGACUCUGGCAGUGCCUGGCAAACUCAUUUUUGUGAAAGCUGUCAGUGAUAUAUAUGUCUUUUACAUUAUUUACUGUCCUGUGCGUUUCAACAGUUUCAGCCUCAAGUCAAGAAGUCUUCAACCUACUUAAACCGCAUUUGUUAGACAAUAAACUGAAACUGAGAGCACAGGAAUUAAGUUGCAAAACUGGUUUUCCUGUUUGUGCCAUCUCAAACCGUCUCAAGCAUUAUUGACUAAGAUGCUUCUUCAAAAUUGAUAGUCCUGGCUUAAAUUACCUUCCUUUAGUAUAUAGUGGUGCCCUGUGUGACUGUUUUCUUAAUCCUGUUCCUGCCCACUCCUGCUGGAUUUCUGACCAUUGCCACCUGUUACCACAGUGUUUAGUUUAAUGAAUCUCAACAGAAACACAAUUACUCAAGUAAAGCAUCACAUCAGAGUCAUUAUAUGGUGCUGCCGCACACCUGGACAGCACUCCAUGACUUUGUGAAAGGAGAAAGAAUAUUUGCAGUUUCCACAAAGAAACUGAAAUCCAUAGUUACUUCGAGCAAUCCAGUUAUCAACCAGCCAGAAAAAUUCCACCUUCGAAUUUACGUCAGCUGUCAAAUAGCAGCCAUCAAAUGAUGAUUGCAGCAGAUUGGGUUUUUUUUCCAACUAAUGUACGUGUGUCAAAGCUGCACUCCAGUACUCAUCAAAGCUCACGGUGCAACAGUAAAAUAAGAUAUAGAAAUAGUAAACAUUCAGUAUAAAGAUAAAAAGUAUGAAAGUAUAAUUGAAUGUAAAAAUAUCACAGAGAAAAGAGACAUUCGUGCAAAAAGUAAAAAUGCAACAUAAGUCAAGAAUCACUGAGUACCGAGGCACAUUACAGGUUAUGUUUUAAAUGGCAGUGUUGAGUAGCGUGCAAUAAAUUAGCUGAUGCAACCUUGUGUCUAGUGUGAGAGAGUGCACGUGUGUGUGUGGGUUGGGGGUGGGGGUGGGGGUGGGGGUGGAGGGUGGAUGGGGGUCAGGGUCCAGAGUUUGUGCGUGCACAGGGCAGAAGGGGUAGAGGGUGCAGAAGAGCGGGCAAAGAGUUCAGCUUCCUGACAGCCUGGUGGUUGAAACUGUCCUUAAAGACCCACUCCUGAAGAACACAACCAUGACCUUAAUCGACACUAACUAUAGGAACUAUCGUGCUUUAUUUUAUUUAACCAGCGACUGAAACAGAUCAUAUACAUACCAGGUGGAUCUUCAGAAACAACCGUGCAAGUGAAGGUUUUUUCUUCCCCUUAUCAAGCUGUGGUUUAAGUGUAAAAUACCACGAAAAUCUAAUGUUUCCCGCACAUGCAAAAACCUCAAUUGGCAUCAUUUCUUGGUAUAUUAACAGUCAAUUCAUCUUCUCGUAGAGAUAUGACGCAACUGAUACCACAACGCAAUUUUUUUGCUUACUCUGCCUCUUUCUGUGGUUGACACACACACUGAGCUGUGAAGCCUCUUGUUAUGUCUCUCGUUUCUGUUAUAUCUCGUUCAAGUGGAGCGGUUUGUGCAGGAUGUUGUGUGAUAACAUCAUGGUUUUGAUUGUUCUUAUUUGUGAGGUGAUAAGCAUCAGGUUUCUUCCUGGCGCUAUUCUGUUGUUGUAUAAACAGAUAAGGUAGAAAAGCAGACAAAAACUUAAAAGAUUUAAAGUUAAGAUAAUGAUAUCAAAGGGAUAUUAAUCUCCCCUUUUACUCAAUUUAUAAUGGAAAAAAUGUGCGGACUAACCAAACUUCAAAGAAGGAUAAAACUACAAAAGUCUGAUUUUUCAACAACCAAACCUAUAAUUAUUUCUAAUAUAAUAAAUGUAGCUAUUAAACUUAGUAUCUUACUGUAUCUAAUUGUUGUGGUGACAUAAAUCCUCAUUCUCCCAAUUUUAUUAAACGUAGCAUUACAAUGUGUACACAGCAGGGCCGCCUUGUGGUGGUGAGAGUAAAAGCUUUACUUGCUGUAUACUGUAUUUUCUAUCUUAUCUUACAUUAUCUGUUAUAUUGUGUACCUAAUUUUAUUGAUAUUUUAAAGGGCAAAGUCUCUAUUUUAUCUGUAACUUUAACUAUAAGUGACUUAGAGUGACUAUGACUAUUCUGUUUCUCCGCACAAUGCUGUGUGUAGCCCACCCCGAAAUAUUUUGUUUUUUUAACUUUUUCUCUAAUUUUCUGUUUUUAUUUGUUUUGUUCUCUUGCUUUAGCAAUGUAAACAUAUAUUUUCCAUGCCAGCAAAGCCCUUUAAAUUGAAUCUAAUCAAACUGACUCAUAAAAGAAUCAAAAGUUUAAAGGUUCAGCCUCUUUGUUAAUCUACAGUACCUCUAAUGUAGUACUGCACAGUUCUUUAUAUGUCCUAUAUUAUAAAUCUUCCAGAAUACACGUUUCUUUCAUACAAACAGUGACAGCUUUUUUGCAUGUGCUGUUCUUAAAGAGAGGAGAGGAUUAAAAAUAUAAAUUCAAAUUCAACUUAAUGUGUAGCUAUGGCAUUUUUCAGACAUAAAUGUAGUUCAAAGUGCCUCACAGAGGCUAAAAACAACAAUAAAACCCGACUCUCCCACCCACACAUACACCCAUAGACCCACACACAUACAAAGACACACACAAGUGUACACAGAGUGAGCACUUAAGAUAUAUUGUCAAAGAGAGAAAUGGCUUGACACUGAGACCUUGCGUGAGGAAAGCUACCUUUGGGAAACACUGGAGGUAAAAAGAUAAGAAUGGUAAAAAGAAAGUAAAACCUGGUUGACUAAGACAAGAAAAUAGAAUGAACAAAUAAGAAAGAGCUCUUUACCAUGUAAAAGGGGUAAAAGAAGUAAAAACCUCACUGGAGGAAAUUAAGAAAAAGACUAAGAAUAGAGAUAACUAAUAAAAAAUACAUAAAAUAAACAUUAAGAACUUCGAUUAAAAUGAACUGUAAUGAUAAGAGAAAUAAGAAAAGGCUAUCAGUGAAAAGCCUGGUUAAAAAGGUGAGUCCUAAAAAGCAUCAUAUCUGCAUAUGAAAGUCAAAAAACAUUGAUUCUUAGAUGUGUUUUUUCCAUUUUCAACAAAAUCCUUUUUUUUCUCUUUGCAAUGGCACGUUUAGACCACAAGAGAGAGGUAGAAGUCUACCAUGUAAGUGCCGGUCAUCUCUUCCUGCUGAGGUGUCCCAAUGCUGACUCUGCCAGAGUAACGUGGAGCAGAGAGGGAGGGCAUAACCUGAGUCUGCCUGCUGGAGUGGAAGUGAGGGACGGCUUACUGUGGUUUCUACCUGUGCAGGUGUCUCAUAAUGGAUCUUACACAUGUACGAAAAGGUAAAGAGGUAAAGCUCAGGUGGUUUGACAGUAACUGAUCCUAGAAAAUUCAAACCACUCUUUUGAAACUGUUUUGAUAUUUGAAUUCAUCUUGUUUUUGAGAAUUAUCUUCAUUUUUAUCCUUUUACAUAUCAAUAUCUUGUGAAACCAUAAUGUAAAAAUUACCGUAUAAAGUCAUGUGUGUUUUUGAGGCCUUCAUCCAUCUCAUGCAUGUCUUUUUCUCUUUAGGGAUGACACUGGUUCCUAUAAUGUUACACUCGGGGUAUCAGUAUCGAAUGGGAAGUGUCCUUACCCACCUGAGACCAUAUCUAUCACUCAGGAUGUGACAGACGGCCUUCCAUGCAAACAGAAUGAGAUCUUAGGACUGAAUAACACAAGGAACAUACAAUGGUUAAAGGUAAACACAGCUCUGUGACAUCAAUGUGUUGUUGUUUUUUUCCCUGCAGUUUCUGUGCCUUUAAACAGACCAUCUUGCUUUAACUCAGCGUCAAGUUAACUUUGGUUUAGACUUUUAACUGGCAGAGUUUAAGAUUUUUUUCCUCACCACUGCAUUAAAACAGACUGGUGUUUUCAGCCUUACAGUCUUCACUUUAAGAGCAACAGUGCCCCCUACUGUGCAGAUCAGGAACAUGUACAAUUGGACUGAUUCCCCUUUUUAAUGUAAAAUAGUUGCCAUAAUGUUGCUGUUGCUGGACAGGCAAGUAUCUUUAUUUACUUUCUCUGCAAGAUUAUUUUUGAUUAAGGCCUAAACUCAAAAGAAAAAUGAAAAUGGGAAAAAAUAAAGACAGACAAUACAGGACACAAAAUAAAUCAGAGGAAAUUGUAUCCGUUAAGAGAUUCUGAUAUGGGGCUGCACAAUUCUGUUUUUUUUUUUUUUUGGCAACACUUUACAAUAACCAUAAUUAAUAAAUGGUAAAAAGAUAGUUUAUCAAUGUUUAAUCAUCAUUUAAAAACAACAUAUAGACUAAUUAUGUAAGUUACUUUACCAUUAACAAGCAAUGAAAUUAUGAUGAAUAUUUUUUUAUUAAUUAUUAAUGGAUAAUUAUUAAAGGUUUAUAUAGGGUUUAAAUAUUGGUUAUAAAACAUCUAUAUUAAAAUGUGUGUCAGUAGCACUUUGUAAAUGGUUAAUAUUCGGUUUUUAAACCAUCUUUAAACUUUACUUCGAUGGUUAUUGUAAAGUUAGGGUUAGGCUUUAAAAAUUGUAAAGUUUACAGUUUAUUAAUGGUCUAAAUACCAUUCAUAAAUGAUGAUAAUACAUGAAUACAUCAUCUGCUCACCAUUUAUAAAUGGUCUAUUUACCAUUUAUAAGUUAUUGUUAUUAUAAAGUGUUAACUUUUUUUAAAUAAAAUAUAUUUCAACUUUUCUGAAUUUAUGGUUGUACACUAAGAAUUGUGCUUUUAGGAUUUCUCUCUAUUGUAAUUCAGUAAAAAUGACAAUAGUGUUUUGUUAUGUGAAGGACUGUGGCCCCGUGGAGAAGUCCAUCAGUGUUCACGAGGACGGCCUCAUGAUGCUGCCAUCAGCCUCACAGAGGGAUGCUGGGAUUUACACCUGCCUGGUUGAUAUCAGUGUAGACGGCAGGAGGUUCACCUCUGCACGCAGCAUCAGGCUAACUAUUAACAACGGUAUGUUGAGCAGGCGUUGUUAAGAUGAAGUCCUGAGAGAGAAAUUAAAACCACGUAACUAUUGAGUUUGAUUUGUGUUCAGAUCCAGUGUGUGUGCAGGAUUCUGUUUGAAUUUAAGAAACAUGUAGAUAGAUUUUCACUUUAUUUAAAUCUAUUCAAAUAUUUUUUGAAGAUAAAAAGUUGUUGAGUGUUGAAGUUGAAGCAGCAGCAAAGUUAUGAGGUUUUUUUUUACCUGCAAGGGUUUUCUCUGAUUUAUCUGUUUUUUCUCGGUUUAUUUGGUUUAGCUCCCUCUCUCAGUUUCAUUAGUUUUAUUUAUGUUCUAAUAGAUUGUGGUUACUUUCUCUCUGUAACACCACUAACUUUGCACAUUUCAACUGCAGAUACAGUCAUUCCUGAGCCAAAGGUCAUGAUUUCUCAUCAGGAUGUGGUUAUAGUCGAAGUGGGUAAGAACCGCAAAGUUGAACAGCCGUCAUAGUUACACACCUGUUAAUUCAGAGAUCACAGGGUGUUACUUUCUGCAAGUGUGAGACUCACUUCUACUACAAGUGCUGUUUACUGUUGAGAAAAUGGCCUGUGGCGUGUUUUUGCAUGUGAAAUGAAUGAGCUAUUGUCUUUCCUCUUACUCACCGGUUGAACCAGUUCUAUUGAAAUCAAUCAUGAUGUUAUUAUUAGUUUGCCAUGAUGUACAAAUAAAAUAAAAAAUUAGAACCAAAGGGAAAAGGCAGUUUCUAUAGAUAAGCAUUUAUAGCAACUGUUAUGUACUGUUACAAGCUGGAGCGUCAUGCUUUGUAAAUGUGUUUUUUAAUGCAUUUUACCUUUAUAAGGCAUUAGACAAGAAAAAAUUUAUUCUUGUUGUGAAGUCUUUUUAUCUGAAACUUUACUUACGCCCACAAUAUACUGCUAAAAAUGUGUUAUAUUAUCACACAAUUGUUAAUAAUCUCAUACUGUGCUGUCACUUGACUAAAAACGCUCUAACGCAUGCCUCACUUCUUUUAAUACUUCAUAAUCAUUGCUGUAAGUUCUUAUAAAUGCUUGUUAUUACUCAUAGGAAUUCUAAUAAAACCUGAAAGACACUUUUAUAGGGAUUUAUGGAUGUGUUUAUAUGAUGUUUUAUAAGUGGUGGGUUCAUAGAAAGUGUUUCCAAGUUUUACACAGCCAGUGUCCACUUUGGCCUCAGUUCAGCAAACAUUUUGAAAGAUGAGUUUUACCCAUAUCAUCAUGGCCUUUCAGGAAACACUAUAACAAGAAUUUAAGAGUUGUUUUUAAGUUCGACUGCAGUUUUGAAGAAUUAAUAUGUGGUUGUUAUAAUUGUAUCAUUCACUACACUGUGUAGAAAAGCUGCUUUAUUGACGUCAACUUCUCUGCUGAAUAGGUAAGAGAACUGAGCUGAAGUGUUUCGCCUUCGUCGGCUUCAAUGUGGACAAUGAUACUCUUAUUUACUGGACUGUUGGCACGACCUUUGUGGAGGAUCAUGAGGAGCUCCAUGAGUCCUUUCACUUGUAAGUUUCCACUGUUUCUUAACUUCUGGGAGCUACUAUGUCACGGAAAAAAGCAAAGCACAGCAGGUGGACACACUUCAGGGAAAACAUCAGCCUGAAAUCCCAUAAACAGUGUUUGUCAGCCAUUUAAUCACUCUUACUCUGGAGUAGGCUGUUGUUUCAUUCAAGUAUCCUCAAACUGAAAACAAAAUCUGUGCAUCUCCUGGUUGCUCCACUUCUAUAAAGCAGCAAAGCAUGUACACAAACAUUUCAUCAUGUAUUCCACGGUUGCUUCAUUUGUAAACUAACAUCAUGAAUUGGUUCUGUCUCUUUCAGUAUUCAUGACAACGGCCGAGUGUACGGUCUGUCCACUCUGUCCAUCUCAAAGGUGCCCCAUCGGUUCCUGAACAUCCCCAUCGGCUGCCAUGUAAUAACCUCAGCUGGUGUCAAAGACAGCUUUGUGCGGCUUGAAAAAGGUAUUUCAAACUCGACUCUGUUUUUAUUCUCCAUGAUACAGAGAUCUGCAGGACACUUAAAUGACAAAAACAACAGGACGCUGCAGGUGAACAGUUUCAGCUCUAAUUUGAGGAAAUAAUAACAGAGUGAUACUGUGAAUACACGGUCAUUUCUGCCCACUUUAACUCUUAAAGUUAUUAGGUGUUUAUACACAUUAUCUCACUUCUUACCCGACUACUGACAAAAAAUACAAAAAAAAAAAAAAAACAAUACUGAUUUGACCCUUAGAUGCAUAACUGGGUCAAAAAUGAGCUAAUGAGGUUUACUUUUAAUGUCCUUAAAACUUGCUAACAUUACAUACCCCUGCCAUUUCUCAAUAACUUGGUUUUUGAUAGCAUGUCACAGAAAUUUUGCAUUUAUUUCUACAAUUUAAGAAAUACUUAUUUAUGUAUUACGGCACCAAUCUUCAAGAACUGAGUCUACAGUGACCUAAAUUCAUUUCCUGUGGGGUUGAUUGUCAUCACCUGUGGAUGGACCACACUGAUAAUUUCACAAGUGCUCUCUAGCAAGAAAAACAUGUUCACCGCAAGACCUGAUACGUGUAACAACGAUAUGGCUUAUUUAUAAUGGCUUAUUUGCAUAUUUAUAUGUAUAUUUCCAGUUAGUGAUAUAAAGUUUGACCGUGACUUGGUGUUGGCAUUUCUGUCCUUUUUGAAGCAGGAAAUGUUGCAAUUUUUACUACCUCUCAGGGUUUAAGUUACCUUGAUCAACCAUUGUCUGCUCUAUUUUUACCUAUCAGUGAUGGUCUUCAGGCUGCUCUCACAUCUGUUCCCAUUAACUGUCAUUAUUUCCCCAUUCACAAGACCAGCCUGACAUUAAAACUAUUUUUUUUUACUAUAAAUGACUGAGGUGAAGUAUACAGGAUUUCUUCCCACGGAUUGAUUUGGUUUAUAUGUUGUUCAUUUUGUGCAAUUGGAAGCAGAAGAGACUGCUGUUGUGUUUGGGUGUGACAUGCAGACGCUGUGCAGAGGAACAGUUCCUUAGAAAAGGCCACAUUUUGUAGGAAUACUUAAACUCUGAGUCACCAAAUUGACGGUUUAAGGGUCUUAAUUUGUCCUCCUCUUCUCCCUCCUUCCCGUCUUUACAGCUGACCGCAGUGCCCUUUACACCAGCGUGGCUCUCUGCAUCAUUGUCCCACUGACUAUUCUGCUCCUAGGUACCGUCUUCCUCUUCUGUAAGGUUGAUCUGGUGUUGGCUUACAGGAAACUGUCUAGACGUUUUACCAAACAACAAGGUGAAUGUUUUUUUUUAAUUAUUUUUAUCUCUUAAUAUUUGCUUUACUGUCAGACAACAAAUCUACAAGUUUGACCUGCAGCUGACUUUAUACAUAUUAUAUUUGUGCUCAUAUACAAUGAGCACAAACAAAAGCUUAAUAAGAAAAUUCAACCUGCAGGAGAAGAUUUGGGUCGUAAAGGUUUAAACAUUCACAAUAACAAUAAUAUUUUUUCAAUUCUGUUUGCUCCAAAGCUCCUGAUGGGAAGCUCUAUGAUGCCUAUGUGAGUUUUCUUCACACUGAAACUGCAAAAUCAGCUGAGAUGGAGAGAUUCGCUCUGCAGAUCCUGCCUGAAGAGCUGGAGAACAAACACGGCUUCUCCCUGUACAUCCGAGGACGAGACGACUGUCCAGGAGAAGGUCAGGGACAGAGACUUACCUGAUUUACCUCUACGCUCUGUCUUGAUUUUCUGAUCUUCACCCCCAACUUAUCAAGAAAUGGUCUGAAUCCUAAAACCUAUGAAGAUCUAGAUACCACUCUGGUGCUAGUCGGGCACAUGCAAGGUCUUUUGGUCAGACCAAAACCUAAUAUCAACCAGGAAAUGACCAUUUCAGGAUGAGAAAUCAAGUAGCAUUAUUAAUACAAAGAUACCAACUCAACCACGAAAUAUGCGAAUGAUGUCUGAUGACCUGUUUUUCAUUUCCUGUUUUUAAUCUUUUACAGCGGUACAUGAUGCUGUAGCUGCUACACUGAAUCAGUGUCGCAGACUCAUCAUCAUCCUCUCACCUGAGGCAACGUCCUGCAGUGAAGACAAAAAAGAAAAAGUUACCCUGCGUGAUAACCAGAACCAGCUGUGUUACGAGCGUGAAGUCGGCCUUUACAACGCCCUGGUGCAGAACAGUCCCAGAGUGGUUCUGGUGGAGAUCGGUAUGGAAACAAAAACUGCUGUCACUAAUCAUUGGAAGGUCGAGUCAAGAGUAAUUUAAGGGCAGCUCAUUAGUGUACAUAAUGUAUAGUCAGCUUCAAAAUGAUGACAAAGAACAGAUGCAUGAACAGAUGUUCAGUUGGCGAUUUGUUCUCGAUCAAUUUGAGUGUUUAGAUUUCUUGAUUCCCAGAAAUGCAUCAAAACCAUAAACAAACCUCAACCAAAAAGCCACUCUAUAGCCACAAAUAAUUCUCAGAACAGCACCUAACUUCAUCAACAGUACAUAGAGAGUCCUAGCCACAGUACUAGCCACCAAACAUCUUUUUAACUUUGCCUAAUUUCUUUAGCAAAGAGACUAAACACAACUCACCUACUCUCUUCCAGCAGCCGCUUGUUUGUAGCGAGACCUUGACCUGUCCAUCAUCAACUGAGGCGGGGGGACGCAGCUCAAGGAAGAACAUUUAUGAUCAUUUCUUCAUAGAAAUGCAAUCAGACCGAGACGCUAAGGCAGAAGAACUACUGCGUCUGCAGUGCAAAAUGAUUAAUAUGAUGAUUAUUACUUCAAGGAAAUGAUAAAGAAAUGAUCAUAAAUAUUCUUCCUUGAGUUGCACCCCCCCGCCUCAGACUCACCAGAACAGAACAACUGAGAUUUAAUGAACAGAAGAAUGAUGGUGCUUAUUCUUGAGUCAGACCUUUUGAAUAUCACAGUCAUACAGGAGAGAAAAAGUUUGUUUUCUCACUAUACUGUAAAGUUUUGAUCAGAUUCAGUUGUUGGUGUAUCUGACGUGUAGAUUUUGAGCUUGAGUAAACAUUGUUCUUUUGUCUAUCAGAUGGUCCGGUGGAUUACAGUCUCCUACCAGAGUCCCUGCGCUACAUCAAGAGGAAACAAGGAGCUUUGAAGUGGAGGAGACCCUCAGCGGGGAACCAUAUACUCAGUAAACCAAACAAAAGCCUGUGGAAGAAUCUGAGAUACUACAUGCCAUCAGUACCUGCAGGGAAACUCAGGACCGUAAUCAGUACCAAACAUGGAGAUGGUGGGACAUAUGGAAACCAGAUGGCAACUAAAAGCAUGGAUUAUCUCUGACUGGAUUAAACCACAUCAAAAGGUUGAUAAACUGGAAACACUAGGUUUACUACCCAUUUGCUGCAGGCUGAGAGGAUCUCAUUGUCUGUAACCAGGUUUGGGAGAUAGUGGAUGACUUAUUGGGUUGAAAGCAGCUUGAUGUCUGAAUGGUGCAGCUUUGUUUCACAUGUCACAGACUCUGAUCCAGGCUUUUACCUCCCAGCUCUUUUGGACAAAAGGGUCAGAAAUGUAAAAGUUGCUUUGUUUUAGUUUUAUGUAUUUUUUGUCCACCAGAGCUACUUUCAUAUUGGAAGUCAAAAAUGGGGGUCAGUGAAAAAGUUUUACAGCACUGCUUUUAGCAGUUUAGUAAUGUGCGGGCCAGAAUUUAGAGGGUGCAGAAAUAAAUACAGUUGUGGUGCAGAUGAACAGAUUAAAGAAAAUUCAAAAAGCACAUGAUCAGCUGAUUUUAUCAGCAUAGCUGAUUUGAACAGAUUUUUUCUGCAGCUACCUCAAGAGUUUAAUUUCUGGCAAAAACAUCUAUUGGAUUUCCUACUGUACAGACAGUAUUGUAGUUUAAACUUCCUCUCCAUGAGAGACUGGACUUUUAUUUGAGAAAAUAUGGAAUUUGCACAGUUCAAAAUAACAUCAACCGAAUAUAAUAUUCGUUUGACCUUUAGUGCAGCUCCUGAAUCAAACACACCGAUCACUCUGCAGGAAGUGACUGUACUUUUGACACACAGGAGUUAAGCUGCUGCAGUGCUGUCUUGCCUCCUGCUGCUACAGUCAUGAAAAGUGACCACAAACUUGUGCGAGUUUAAGCCACCAUCUGCAAGUUAAGUAUACAGGUGCGGCUAAUGAGACUGGUGGGAAAUAUUCUGUGGUUGGGAGACUGGCUGAAAGAACGAUACUGCUGCAAGCCACCAGGGGGAGCUCUGAGUGUUUAACUUCACUUGAGGGGAGCGUUUGGGCUGUCUGCGAUUUUAUAUCAUGGUUACGUAUAGGAGUUCCUGAUGUUGGAGCUGAAAGGAGUACUAAGUACAUUGUCAUUUUAUCUCUCUGUGAGACACUCUGUAGUAAACUUGUACGUAAUUCUGGCACUUACCACAAGGUGGAUCUUCAGCUUUUGAUCUGUAAAAAGUCAAGGCUUCAGGCAGUCGCAUUUCUGUGUGAAGAUAGAAAAAGUUUCCUGACUGUGUCAGAAUCACAGUGUUUUACGAGCCAUUUGGCUUAUAUUGUAUGUUUCGUUUGAGUAGCAUAAUUUAUGUGUGAAUAAUAGAAAAUGUGAAAAAUUUAGCAAAUCCAAACUGAAGUGAUGCUCUGGAUGUUGGUUCUUCACUGGACGUUGGUUUUCACUGCUUCAAACUGAACACGCCUGUGUGGAUGACUUCAGGUUUGUUUAAACUGGUUCCUAAACCUGAUCAGUGUGUGACCUUCAGUUUUAUCAAUAAACCUGUUGCGAUUUCUUGUGGAAUCCAAACGUGAGUGACUGGCAUAAUUUAGAGGAGAAAAAUAUUCAACUAUGACGCAAUCAUUUUUUAAAAAUUACUUUUUCUUAUUUAUUCGUAAAAAUGAAACCUUCAGGUACAUUUCUAGUGUCUUGGGUGUGAUGUCUUUGAAGAAAUAAAAUAAGGAAUACAUGCCAAAUAAAAUGCACAAAACAGAUAUAUGAUCGUUUGUUUCUUAAUAGCAAUUCCCUUUACUUCCUUCUGUGCUCCUCUAUCCAAAGGCGUUCCCCAGGGCUCAGUACUUGGUUCUCUUUUAUUGAUUUUCUACAUGCAAAUAUUUUGAAUAAAUUGAUUUUCUGCAAAUACAGUCUUCAAAACAUAAUGGUCAUUUGUGAAUCCACUGGAUCAAUGAAUCCAAAUUUAAGUGAUGUCCUGGACAUCAUUUUUUGUCGCUUCAAACUGAACAUUGGUCCAAACAACUUUUUUGAUAAUACAGUGUUUGUUUAAUCUCUAAACCUUGUUAGUGUGUGAGCUUUUGUUCAGCUGUUAAACUUCUUGUUUGGUUUAUUUUAGUUUAUUUAGGACCAUGUUAGCAGUUGCAUUGGACGAUAUUCUUCCAAGCAUCCACCGCAGCUCUGUGGUAGUGGCAGUACAUUUAAAAAAAAUAAUAAACUCUCUACUGCAACAUUAAA